AUACCAAAACUUCAACAAUGGGUGUGAGAGGUUUACAUGGAUUUGUGGGAAAUGCCUGUCCUAAUACAUGUACAGUAGUAAAUUUGAAAGAAAUGGCAGAAAAAUACCAAAUUCACCAACCUGGAUCCACUCCCAUAAUAGUUGUUGAUGCCAUGUGCUGUCUUAGACAUUGGUAUACACCAGAAUCGUGGGUUUGUGGUGGCCAGUGGCUGGAAUACCUUUCUGUCUUACAAGAUUUCAUUAAAGCUUUUACUACAGCAGGCAUCAAAUUGGUAUUCUUCUUCGAUGGUGUGGUAGAACAGAAAAAGAGGCAUGAAUGGGUAAAACGGAGACUCAGGAACAACAAGGAGAUAUCUACAAUCUUUCAGUUCAUCAAGGCACGUAGGCGGCAACCAGGCAGAGAUAUGUUCUUCAUUCCCUCAGGGCUGGCCACAUUUACACGCUUUGCUUUAAAAUCUCUGGGUCAGGAAACUGUGUGUUCAUUACAAGAGGCAGACUAUGAAGUGGCUUCUUAUGGUCUCCAAAAUAACUGCUUGGGAAUUCUUGGAGAAGAUACCGACUAUCUCAUCUAUAAUACAUGCCCUUACUUUUCUAUUAAUAAACUCUGCCUUGACAGUCUUGUUACUGUUAUGUUUUCAAGAGAGAACCUUUGUCAGAGCUUGGGUCUCAGCGUAACAGAUCUUCCUCUCCUAGCCUGCUUACUAGGCAAUGAUACAGUUCCAGAAGGCAUGUUGGAAAGUUUUCGGCAAAAAUGCCUGUCUGGUUAUUCCUCUGCUAAACAGAACAAUGACAGAAGAACUAACACGAUCCUAGCUGUAGCAGACUACAUAUCUAGAGUGCUCCGCUUACAGCAGGGGAUGAAAGACUUGGAAGAAAUACUACCUUUAGGACAAAAUAAAACUGUGUUUUAUAGAGGGGUGGCAUCCUAUCUCCUUCCAGGGCAACAAUCUCCCUGGCUUCUCCAAAUACCCAGCUUGGAAACAUCAGACAAGGAAGAAGCAACCAUGUGUUCAGAUUCAGAGAUCUUACAGAUAGCUAAGGAACAACAUGUCCAAGCUGAAAACUACCUGGUCUACAAUAUUCUAAGUAGUGGAGAGAUUGAAUGCAGCAACACGUUAGAAGAUGAACUUGAUCCAGAACUCCCUGGCCAGGCACUUGUUUUCCGUCCUGUUCGGCAGCAUAUUUACUCACUCUUGUUGGAAGAUAGUAAAGAUGCUUGCAGAUCCUGUCCCAUAAUAAAAGAAUGGUUUGUGUACUUUGGGAAUCAGCUGAAGCAGCCAGAACUGGUACAGCCCAUAAAACUAGACAUCCCAGGUGGAACACCUAGUUUGAGAACAUUGUGGCUGAGCAAAGAGGCAGAGGUACAAGUCCAACGUUUUAACACCUUCCUGGCCUGUUUUCAUCUUUGGAAUGAAAGAGAAGAACUUCAGGUUCUCGAAAACUCUCUUACAGCCUUGUGCUGUCUCUUGAUCUACCUCCUUUGUCAGGUGGAUACUCUCUCCCUGGAGGACUUAAAUGCUUUUAUUGCUCAGACUUUGUGCCUUCAAGGAAAAUCAGCUGCUCAUCUCUCAGGCUUACAGCUCACCCAUGUUGAUUCCAGAGCUGUGCACCUUGGUUCUCUCUUUGUCCGGGGCCUUACCAAUUUGAUUCUGGCCAACAGUGCCUGUGGGUUUCCAUUCAGAAUGGAUGAUUUGAUGGCUUGGAAGAUGUUUGAUGGAAAACUUUUUCAACAGAAGUACCAGCAGUCACACAGAGGCUGUUCUGUGGAGGAACUUCUAGAAGGCAAUAAAUAUUGGCUGACUGAGUUCCAGAAACUAAAAUCACUCAUCUGCAAGGCCUGCAUGAAGAACAACCGAGCCCUUCAAAGCCGACAGCGAGGGAAUGAAUUCAUUAGAGAGUCUGAAAGCAGAAGAUGGGACUCCAAUUUCCAAAGAUCACAUCAGCCUCGUUUUUCAUCUUUAUGUCAUAAUCCCAACCAAUGGAGAGGUCCUCGGCCUUACUCAACUAGAUUUGAAACUGAUCCUUCAGGUAGAGGAUAUAGGUCAGAAGAUCAAAGUCAGAAGAAAAGAAGAUUCCAAUACACUCCCAGGUGGCCCAGAUGAUACUGUGAUGCUGCUGAGAUGGAGCAGAGACUUUUUACAAAUGAAGAAAACAUUUUAAAAUUUGAAAACUGGUUGAAGAGAAAUAUACCUAUUUAAUUCUGUCUAUAAACCAAAUCUAAAAAUAUACAUAGUUAGGAAAGAUGGUGUUCUUAAAAAUAUCAUUAUAUUUUGUGUAAUGUCUUCUCUAUUCUAAUUUCUUGGCCAUUGCUGUUAAGUAAAAGUGCACAAAAAUAGCUUCUUUUUUUUCCAGCAAGAUGUAACAAAAAUUGAAAAGAAGUUGCUAAUUUAUAUAUUUGGAUAUGGAGUGAGAUUUCAAUGUAAAUUUCACAUUAAAAGCUGCUUUCCUCCUGUGUCAUUUCUGUAUAGUGAAACAUCUGGAGAGAUUUGAGUUUAGCCACUGCUUCCUCUGUAGUGCUAGAGCAAAAAGAUAAUUCCAAAUGUUCCUUACCACCUUCAGAAGUUUAUAACAAUAUGGAAAUGAUCUGUGAUUUACGACCAAGUAUGACUUAGUAAGUUCUGGGGAACUGCUUGAAGUGAAUGAGAUAAAGUAACUUCCUAGGAUCACUAGCUACUAAGUGUCAGAGCCAGAAUUUAAAACUACAUCCACCUGGAUCCUAGCCAAAUCUUCUCCAUCUUCUAUGUUGCCGAGAAGAGUCUGAAAACAAUAAUAGAAAUUUAUCUGGAAAAUAUGUGAACUCUAAAGUCAAGUGUAAAUGGCAUUAAAAACUUGAGUAAAAAGUGAGAUUAGUAAAGAAUUAUUUGUAAGUGUGAUACUGAAAUCAUCUGUCAAUCAUGCCUACUACAUGCCCAGAAUUGUACUAUAUGUCACAGGAGAUAGAGUUAAAGUAUGAGACAUGGCUUCUGCCCUCAGGAAGCAUAGAGUUUGAUUGAAGGGAAGGAAUCUAAUACUAAUAAAACAGCAAUUAGGGUGAAUAUAUAUAAUUAAGUACUAUGUUAUUUGGAAUUUAUUUUGUGUCAAUAGGAGUUCCAAGAAGGAAGGAUCAUUGUAAACUGGAGUAGUCAUGGAAAGUAUUCUCAUAUAAGGAAGAAAUUUUCACUUUUUAUGGUGAUUUUUUUUUUGAGACAACUGCUUAUUACCAGAGGAACUUCCUUUUUGAAGGAAAAAUUAAAAGGAAUAAAAAGGAGUGGGAGGAAAAAAAUAAGGAUAGGAAAUAAGGGGGAAAAAAGAGGGAAGGAAAAAAAAAAGAAAUCUGUAAUAUAUCGGGUAUUCCCUGGUAACAUCUAUGUUGAAAGUUCUCCCAUUGGCCUAGAAAUUAUAUCUUUACGUGACUAAGGACUUUAAAAUUAUAGUCCCAUAUAAAUACAAUUAAAAAUAAAUAACCUUUAUAAUUUACAAUACUCUGUGCAAAUUGUAUAUUUUUUAAUUAGGCUGCAAUAAGCUCUUUCCUGCUAUUUCAAUUCUUAAGCAGCCCUACAUAUGAUCAUAGAUUUAGAAAUAAAGAGGCAUUUAAAAGGCCAUUGUGUUCUAUAUUACAGAUGACGAAUGACAGUGUUAUUUUUUGUCUGAUACUUUUUGUUUUAUUAAUCUCAAUAUUUUUUUUUACAAAGUAACUGCAAGAAAACCUUUUUAAAGUACUGAGAAAUACAGAUUAAAGGGUUCUUUACUUUGACAGAACCUAUGAUAAUCCUAACUAAUGAUAAAAUAUACUUUGUCUCUCUAUAUAGAGUGAUGCCAGAAAUGAUUGUCAUUCCGUUUUAUUUAAUUAUUUGUGGUAUGUCAGGAAAUUAUUUGUGUAAAAACAGUCAUCAAUAAAACUUCUUUCAAAUAA